UGAACGCUCAUGUAGGUGCAUCUGUAUCCAGGCAAGCCUUUCAUUUAUUACAAGCCUUUGUGUUUUUUCUCUCCUUUCCCCAUCAGCUCUCUUCUCCGGGUGUAAAACACACAGAUGCGUGCCGCUGCGUCUCUCAGACUGCCACUCAAAGUAACCUGAAAGUCUUGUGUGGAUCCAUAAACUGCGAAGAGACGGCGUUGUGUAGCAUCCAUGGAAAUACUGACUAACUAACAGAGGGACUGAGACUUUUCCAGCAUUGCCAGUGAAAAAAAAAGUCUGUAGUGAAGACGAGGGUUCCCAGUCCUGUGUGGGAUGUUAACAGACUGGUGUCACGUUAAGGCUGAAGGAGCAUGGUGAAACACCAACCCUUACAGGUCUAUGAGAAGCAAGUCUUUGUCUCCUUUGUCACUGGGAUCUAUGGUUGCCGCUGGAAGCGAUACCAGCGUUCCCAGGAUGAAAGCUCCAGGUGGGAGUGUACGUGGUUCGUCAUCUUGUGCAGUUCCUUUCUUCUGCUUCUCUUUUGGGCCUACUUUUGGUUGAUGGCUCGAAAUGAUUUUAAUGACUUCAAUUGGCUGGUGUACAACCGUUCUGGAGAAUGGAGAGAUGAGACCAUCCCCAUCCUCGCUUCCACCACUGUGGGAUUCAGCUACAUCACAUUCUUAUUGAUCUUAGCACUUUUCCAUAUAUCUUUGGGCCAGCAGCUGAAUCUUUAUUGGGUUCACAAGAUUGGGGUGCUGGCUACACUGCUCACCACUAUCUCUGGUGUCAUUUUUGUUGAUGACUUAUGGGGAGACGAGUGGGACAUUCUGCUUGUGUCACUGCAGUACACAGCACCUUUCCUGCAUCUUGGCGCCCUGGUAACAGUGACAGCUAUCAGCUGGCUGGUAGCUGGAUAUGUUGUCCGCAGAGAGAGAUCCAAUAUCCAGGUGAUGGUGUUGUUUAUCUACAUUGUAGUCCUCCUUGGUCUCUGUUUGGCACCGCUCACAUUCACCUGCCCCUGCAUCAUGGACCGUCAUAGCCUCAAACCGCGACCAAGCAUCAUUGGCCGAAGGGGAGCUCCUAUGCUGGCUCCAGAGAACACCGCGGUGUCCUUUAACAGAGCCCUGCAGCAUGGUGCCAACUCCUUGGAGGCUGAUGUCACCAUAAGUGUCGAUGGGGUUCCGUUCCUCAUGCGAGACCACACUCUGAGGCGGACCACAGAUGUCACUAAGGUGUUUCCAGCCAGACAGUAUGAAGAUGCCUCCUUUUUCAACUGGACAGAGAUACGCUCUCUCAAUGCAGGCCAGUGGUUUUUGGAGAGUGACCCCUACUGGACAGUAGCAUCACUGACAGCGAAGGAGCGGAGCAGAAUAGGCAACCAGACGGUUUGCAGUCUGGUGGAAAUGCUUCGUCUGGCAGCCAGGGCCAACAGCUCCGCGCUGCUCAACAUUCACAAACCUCCACCAGAGCACCCACGCUACCGCAGCUGGUUCAUGGACACGCUGCGGGCUGUGCAGAAAGCAGGGAUUCCCCUGAAGAGGGUGAGGACUGUGACGUGGACCCCCGACACAGACAGGGGGAGGGUGCGAGGGCUUCACCAGACCACAAGUGAGAAGCUGUCAGUGGAAGCGAUAAGGCAGAGAGGAAUUACAAGUCUGACCCUCCACUACAGCAAGGCUAGCCACAAAGAGCUACAGGAGUACCUGGCCAAUAAUGUGAGUGUGACUGUCUACCCGGUGAAUGAGCCCUGGCUCUACUCCAUUCUGUGGUGUAGUGGGGUGCCUUCUGUGUCUUCUGAUGCCCCCCAUGUCCUCCGAAAGGUGCCUUAUCCCAUCUGGCUCAUGAGCCAGAGCGCUUACAACUUCAUCUGGAUGACUUCAGAUCUAGUGUCCCUCGCCAUAGUCAUAGGGGUUUUCUUUUUUCAGAAGUGGAGGAUGAGCGGGAUGCAAAACUAUAACCCAGAACACAUCAUGUUGAGCGCUGUAGCGCGAAGGUCCAGUCGUGACGUCAACAUCAUGAAGGAGAAGCUCAUAUUCUCAGAGCUUAACAAUGGGCUCAGCAGUACAGAGGAACUUUCUCUGUAUCCCGAGAAUGGUUACGUCAGAUACUCUCAUGGAGGCCUCAGUCGCUGACCAGAACAGCCACAGCUGCAAACAUGAGUUUGACGUCAGAGAUCUGACACGUCUUCUUUCUUCAGGGUACUGAUCUGCUGAGCACACAUCGCGUUUAAGUCCCGACAAUUAAAAGUUUUCCGUUUAUGGCCUGUUGCUUUCUUUUCUUAAUUUUCCAACAUAAUUGUCCACUGGGUAGUGAUUAAUCCAUGAUGACAAACUUGGGAGCGUUUUAAUAUCAUGUAUUUGGGGUUUUUUUCAGUUGUUCCAUGUACUAUUACCAGUUUCAGCCAAAUUCUUCUGAAAUGGUUAGCCAUUAACAUUUCUGUUCUAAGAAGACAUUUUGUUGGCUUAAAUUACUGUAUUUUUCGGACCAUAAGGCGCACCGGAUUAUAAUUCUAUUCUUCUUCUUGCUUCCUCCACUUCUGUACCAUUGAUUCAUUAAUGUUGAAUUCUCUGGCAGCUGCUCUGUUCUCAUGUU